AUGCAAAAAAGGUACACUGAUGUGAGAUGUACCGAUUCCGGAAAUUACGUGACACCUUUAACUUACCAUUAUGGAAUCAAACCUAUGGUAUUUCAAGAACAACAUAAUUGUACUAAAGACUAUCCCAGCGUGCUUCCGAUAGAAUGUUGUAUACCUGAUAGUAACGACUGUACAUUUGAGGAUACCAACCAUAUCAUACAAAUUUGGAAGAUUUGUGGCUAUUCAAGCAGUUGUAAAAGUCUUAUUGGUGGCCGAACCGAUAUAUCAGAAAUGAGAGAUCAUAACUGUGGUAAGAAGUUUAUAAAAGAGAGUGACAUUACUACAAGUCAGUAUUCUUAUCUUAGAUAUGCUUGUUUACCAGAGAAAAUGGAAAUGAAUUUUGAUGGUGGAAAUGGUAAAGGGAAGGCGUUGUUAUUAAAAACUAAAGAAGCGGCCUACAACACUGGUAUCAAAUUACAGUGUCAUAUUACUACAGAUAAUAAUAACGGUUUAUUAGUUCAGUUUGUCGAUGUUAGACUUUGUGAAGGGAUUACAGGAGUCUGUGAUCAAACUCUGACAAUAAUUAAGAAUGGUGAAGAAGCUGGAAAAAAGAACAGUGGAUCAAAAUUUGGGUUGGAAACUUGGUUUGGAUCGCCUGGUCAACCAAACGUGACAAUAACUUUUGAAAGACAGUCCCCAACAACCAAAUAUAAUAUAUUACUUUAUAUAACUAGCAUGCAAGGAUCCAGUGACAUCGAAAUCAAAUGUGAUCAACCUUUACCAAUAACAACAACUACAACCACAACAAUAGCAACAACAUCAACCUCAACAGCAGUACCAACAACAACAGCAGAACCACUAACAACAACCACAACAACAACAGAAUCCACAAGACGAUUACCUGGAGUGACAGAAAAAAGUGAAGAUCACAGAUUAAAAGAACAGUUUAUAAAAUAUGGGGAGAUAGCUGCGGCAGGAGUAGCUGGUUUUCUUUUAACAUCUUUUAUUUGUCUCUGCACAUUUAAAUAUAGAAGAAACAAGCGAAAUAAAGUCAAGAUCACGUUAAACCAGGUAGAAAUGUCUGAAUAUCCUAGACUGGGACCAGUUGGUGAAACCAGUCAAGUACAUGAUAUUAAAGGUAUACUACCUCUUAGGAUGACCAAAAAAUUAAAAACCUGGCCAAAUGAGGAUUUACCAGACAACGGUACGGCAAAGAUGAAGACAAUACGCUCAUUGAUGGUGCAAAUAGCCAUUGCCUAA